AAGGAGGAAAAUUAUUUUCCUAUGUUUUUAUUUUUCUUUCCUUUUUUCAAGUUUUCCAAACAAGGUGCAAGGAAAGAUAGAGUUUAUUAACCAUCACCGAGGCCACGACUGCGAACCGCCGGCGGCCCGCGAGAGCAGAUGGGAAGUCUCAUCAAGUGCUACAAGCCCCUCACCUCUUUCCGCUUCUCUCCGCCACCGCACUCUCUGCUACGUUCAAUUCAAUUUCGAACUCACUCUUCUCGCACCUUCUCCUUCUCCUUCUCCAGGAAGAGAACCUUAUGUUGUCUUUUCAGCUCUCUAAGCUCAUCUUGGCCCUUAAUCAACGACAAAGUUAAUGCUGGUGAUGGAGCAAUCACCUCAUCACUAUCAUCGGCGGAGCUGUGGCUUUACAAUACAAUGAGCAGAAAGAAGGAGCUUUUUAAGCCCAAAGUGGAGGGAAAAGUCGGAAUGUACGUUUGUGGUGUUACUGCUUACGAUCUUAGCCAUAUUGGCCACGCUCGCGUCUACGUCACUUUUGAUGUUCUCUACAGAUAUCUCAGGCAUUUGGGAUUUGAAGUGUGCUAUGUUCGAAAUUUCACUGAUGUUGAUGAUAAGAUAAUUGCCCGAGCCAAUGAAUUGGGAGAGGAUCCAAUCAGUUUGAGCAGGCGUUACUGUGAAGAAUUCCACCAUGAUAUGGUGUAUCUUCACUGCCUGCCCCCUUCUGUUGAGCCACGCGUGUCAGAUCACAUGCCCCAAAUAAUUGACAUGAUCAAGCAGUUGGAGUGCUACAAUAUUAUGCCUCUCUCUCUCACAUCUUUCCAGAUUCUUGAUAGUGGGUGUGCCUACAGAAUGGAUGGGGAUGUUUACUUCUCAGUAGAAAAAUUUCCCGAUUAUGGACAAUUAUCUGGGCGAAAAUUAGAAGAUAAUAGAGCAGGUGAGAGAGUGGCUGUUGAUGCGAGGAAGAAAAAUCCUGCUGAUUUUGCAUUGUGGAAGUCUGCAAAGGAAGGUGAGCCGUUUUGGGAGAGUCCAUGGGGGCCUGGAAGACCUGGAUGGCAUAUUGAGUGCAGUGCCAUGAGUGCUGCUUAUCUUGGCCACUCUUUUGACAUCCAUGGUGGGGGAAUGGACCUUGUGUUUCCCCACCAUGAAAAUGAGAUUGCUCAGAGUUGUGCUGCAUGCAGAGAUAGUAGUAUAAGCUACUGGGUGCAUAAUGGCUUUGUCACUGUUGACUCUGAGAAAAUGUCCAAAUCACUCGGAAACUUUUUUACAAUUAGGCAGGUUAUAGAUCUUUAUCAUCCACUGGCUUUGAGACUUUUCUUGUUGGGAACCCACUAUCGAUCUCCAAUCAACUACUCUGAUAUACAGCUUGAGAGUGCUUCAGAACGCAUUUUCUACAUAUAUCAGACAUUACAUGAUUGUGAAACUGUAAUCAGCCAGCAUGACAUGGCUUUUGAGAAGGAUUCUAUCCCCCCUGAUAUUUUGGAUGGCAUUAAUAGGUUCCAUAAUGUGUUCGUUACCUCAAUGUCAGAUGAUCUUCACACCCCUGUUUUGUUGGCUGCAUUUUCUGAUCCAUUAAAAAUCAUCAAUGAUAUGAUACAUACCAGAAAGGGGAAGAAACAGGCAAAGAGAAUAGAAUCACUUGUUGCUUUAGAAAAGAUAGUGAAGAAUGCUUUGUCUGUCUUGGGGUUGAUGCCCACAAGAUACUCAGAGGUUCUGCAGCAAUUAAGGGAAAAGGCACUGAAGCGUGCAAAGUUAACAGAAGACCAAGUAUUGCAAAAAAUUGAAGGAAGGGCUGUAGCGAGGAAGAAUAGAGACUAUGAAAAAUCAGAUGCCAUUAGGAAGGAUUUAGCGACUUUGGGAAUUGCACUUAUGGAUAGUCCAGAUGGCACAAGUUGGAGACCAGCUGUUCCUCUUGCACUGCAACAGCAGCAAGUUGCUGCAUCUUGAAUGGUUUGCUGGGCCUCACAGUUAUUACUUUAUGGUUGUGAUGAGAGUGUAUUUUUCUUUGUAUUGAUCUUUUGCCUUUGUAUUUAACUUAGGAAAUUAUAUUUUUGGAAUUUUGGAAUUAGGGAUAAUGCCUACAAACAGGAUUAUACUGAGAUGGUGAUAAGAUAAACCGAAAAUUUCAUUUACCAUGGGUAGAUUCUUUGACAAUAAUGUAAUUAUACACACUUUAAAUGUUCCAUAUAAUGCUAAGCAUUUGAAGUUGACUGGCAAAA